CACGGUUCGACAUGCUGCCUGCUGCCUGCUGCCAGCUGACUAUACUUUCAUAUUGAUCCUUACUUAAAACAAGUGUUUAAAACUUAUUAGUAGGACAUUUAUAACUGCAUUAAGAUUUAAUUGGCGUUUUUACUUUUAUCAUUUGGAUGUGAGCCUGAUUAAACAAACCGACCAACAUGGCAGACGUAACAACAAUAAGCUCCCACAAUACGACAGACGACGGCCUUAUGACAACCAUGGACGCCAUGUUUAACUUAUCCACAACACUAGCGCCACCGGAUGUAAGUGCCUGUGAUCUAGGAUAUAUUCCCGGAGUGCUGAGUCAAGCUACUGCCGAGCGGUUGGUCCAUUUCUCAACCGAAUACGCCGUUAUUCAUGGGUAUAUCAGUGCGGUUGUUUGUACGUUUGGAGUAAUGGCGAACAUUGCCAACAUCAUCGUCCUGACUCGUAAAAAUAUGAUAUCGUCAACUAAUACUAUUUUAAUGUGGCUGGCUGUGGCUGAUCUCUUCACUAUGAUGUCUUAUUUACCUUUCAUCAUGAGGUUUUACAUAUUUAGAGAAAAAGACUUACCCAUGUUUCGAACGCGCGACUUCGCCUGGAUUUGUUUUUUAAUGUUUCACGCUAGUUUUGGAAUCGUGUGUCACACGGUGGCCAUCUGGUUGACCAUUGCCUUGGCUAUAUUCCGGUAUAUCUAUAUCUGUAUGCCAACUAAAGGCGCUAUUUAUUGUAACAUCCGACGAGCCAGAAUUACUAUAUUCUUGGUUUAUUUAUUGACUAUUAUCAUCUGUAUUCCUAAUUAUAUCGUUAACAAAAUCUCAUCCGGAGACCUGAUUGCUGAUCAGAUUAAAAUUAAUGGCGAAGACUAUCAUGGAUUGACUAAUGUGACAAGUCCCACAGUGGUGUCUGACAUCUAUUAUCAUCCGGAUAUAAGAGACGGGACCCCGGCAGCUCGAUUCAUCUCCAUGUCAAAUGGUUAUAUCCAGUCCAUUCUCGUCAAGUUAAUUCCAUGUGCUAUGCUGACCACGCUUACCAUUCUCCUUAUCCACGCCAUGCAUAAAGCUUAUCGUAAACGUAUGAGGUUGAAGUCGCAAGGCCGUAAAGCAGAAUCGGAAAAACAUGGCGAACACAAUCGUACUACUGGUAUGCUGUUAGCUGUCGUGGUUCUAUUCAUGUUGACCGAACUUCCCCAGGGAAUUCUGACUCUGAUGACAUUGUUUGAACCAUGUCUUCAAGAUUAUGUUUAUAAUCCCCUGGGUGACCUGGUUGAUAUAAUGGCGCUCAUAAACAACUCCAUUAAUUUUGUUUUAUAUUGUACGAUGAGCAAACAAUUUAGAGAUACUUUCAUGGACGUGUUUUGUACGUGCUGUGCGCAAAACAAACAUGGAUUCCUGAAAAUGAAGUUGGUGAAAAGUUCUCCUAAUGGCAAUAAAACAGAAGCAUCAACGUGUAACACACACGUGUAAACAAAGCACGCACGUGUAAACAUUUUCAUAAUGGACCACCCGAUUUUCAUAGCGCUAGUGGAAAAUCCACCCACGUGCUCCAUACCGGAAACAAACGCGCCUAUUUUAUUACAUGUGAUAUUGGUUACACGUGGCGUCUGUGAUGGACCGGAAGUACCCAAUUGGUAUUAUAACAUGGACUAUUAAUGUAUUCUGACUUUAAAAUGUAGAUGACCGGUAAAGAAAGGUUGACCGUUGGGGUUAAUAAGCACAAUGAAAAUAACUAUAAUACAGCUUAUCAAAGGAAACCAUAUGGCCUUGCAGUAUAAUGGAAUUCCAACAUGUUAGGAGCGACGCGCAUAAAUAGUUUCGUAAACGACAACUCCAAAGCAAUAAUACACAGUGUUAAUUAAACUGAUACAAAAUAUUUACAAUUAGAAUUACCUUAAAAGGAGAUUGGUGUCAAGCGAUUAAAUACAUGGUUUACUGUGACCUAUUUAUUUAUUUAAUAACUUUACUAAGUAAAGUCAUUAAUUUUGAGGCGUUACUUUUGCCUCUCAGUCAAUACAGGUUGAAUUAGGUUCAUGGGUGUAGAAUCUCUACCAGGAAGAACAGUCCGAUAUUUACACGUGAUGAAGUGAAGAUGUCGCUACAUUUGUUAUUCUCUGUAGACGAUACGAAAAAUCCAGCGCCACCUAUAACUGCUGGGUUAAAUCGUUUUGUGGACCCGGAGAUUAUCUGCCCUUGACAUUUAAUUUUAAAUAAUUUAUGUGAGUCCAUUUUAGGGUGGAGUUAGCCGUGAUAUUGUCUUAAACGAUCAGAAUCUGGUUCAGCAACGUCGACUGUUAUUGACAAUCCCACCGUUUCGUCCCCCACUAUCUAAAAUGGGCUCACAUUAUGGAUGUGAAUGUAAAUAUUGUCCAUUCAUUUUCUUCCAUCGUCCAUCAAAUCACCCAUCUGAGGGCACUGUUUCUACAUUAUAGUACGACACUGCGAUUAGCUACAUGUCCUCGAAUAAUAAUUUCUACUGCGUCAGUGCAUUAUAAUACGACGUAACGUUUGGCUAUUGUCAUCGAAUGAUAAUGACGUAAACAUCACAUGUCUACUGCGUCAGUGCAUUAUGAUACGACGUAACGAUUGGCUAAUAAUAAUGACGUAAACAUCACAUGUCUACUGCGUCAGUGCAUUAUAGUACGACGUAACGACAGUCUAACGUCAUUGAAUAAUAAUGACGUAAACAUCACAUAACGAUGAAGUGAACACAUGUAAAGGGGACAAUGGUUCGUAUUAUUCGAGAUGUAACAGGAUUCUCCACAGGGUGUGAUAACUCCUGAACUACAAAGUGCUGAAUUACUGAAUUCGUCAUCUAUAAAUAUAAAUAAUAUUUAUUUAUAACGUGUGUAUUUGUAUAUGUUUGUUUAUAUAUUAGCAUGUGAACAAUGUAUAUAUUACUGUAGAUUGUAUUAACUAGUCAUGAUUGCACAGUAUAGUCUAGAUCGCCACGUCUCUAAUGUAUUUUAUUAUCAAUCUAUUCACGAGACCCUCCCUCCGACUCUAAGAACCCUUGAAGCCGUCGAUAGUCACCCGUUAAUACAGUGAGCUACAUUCGAGAUACCAACAGAAAAUUAAUAUGACCCCUAAUGGUUCCGGACCGGAAUGUGUCUAAGUUAUAUGGUAUGGUGCCCACUGUAUGGUAUGGUAUCGACUCCCGACCGGAAUGUGUCUAAGUUAUAUGGUAGGGUGACCACUAUAUGGUAUGAUGCCCACGAUAUGGUACGGUGCCCACUAUAUGGUAUGGUAUCGACUCCCGACCGGAAUGUGUCAAAGUUAUAUGGUAGGGUGACCACUAUAUGGUAUGGUGACAACUAUAUGGUAUGGUAUCGACUCCCGACCGGAAUGUGUCUAAGCUAUAUGGUAUGGUGCCCACUAUAUGGUAUGAUGCCAACUAUAUGGUAUCGACUCCCGAUCGGAAUGUGUCUAAGCUAUAUGGUAUGGUGCCCACUAUAUGGUAUGAUGUCGACUCCCGACCGGAAUGUGUCUAAGCUAUAUGACAUGGUGCCCACUAUAUGGUAUGGUAUCGACUCCCGAUCGGAAUGUGUCUAAGCUAUAUGGUAUGGUGCCCACUAUAUGGUAUGAUGUCGACUCCCGACCGGAAUGUGUCUAAGCUAUAUGACAUGGUGCCCACUAUAUGGUAUGGUGUCGACUCCCGAAAGGAAUGUGUCAAAGCUAUAUGGUAUGGUGCCCACGAUAUGGUAUGGUGUCGACUCCCGAACGGAAUGUGUCUAAGCUAUAUGGUAUGAUGCCCACUAUAUGGUAUGGUAUCCACUAUAUGGUAUCGACUCCCGACCGGAAUAUGUCUAAGUUAUAUGAUAGGGUCAGGUAGGGUGACCACUAUAUGGUAUUGUGACCACUAUAUGGUAUGGUAUCGACCGGAAUGUGUCUAAGCCAUAUGGUAUGGCGCCCACUAUAUGGUAUGGCGUCCACUAUAUGUUAUGGUGCCCACUAUAUGGUAUGGUGACGACUCUCGACCAGAAUGUGUCUAAAUUAUAUGGUAUUGUAUUACUCUCGACGGUGAUGCGUCAGUCAUAAUGCUUCAAAAUAAUAUUGCGUGCUGUCGACCCCUGAGCAUUGUCUACAUUCUAUGGUAUGGUUUCGACCCCCGACCAGAAUGUGUCUAGAUUAUAGGGUAUGAUGUAGACUCCCGGCCAGAAUGUGUCUAAACUAUAUGGUUAGAUGUAGACUCCCGACCAGAAUGUGUCUAAACUAUAUGGUUAGAUGUAGACGAUGUGGUUUGGUGUCGACUCGAGGCCAGAAUAUAUCUAUGCUAUAUGGUAGUGUGGCGACCUUCGACAAGAAUGUGUCUAUAAUAUAUGGUAUGUUGUUGACUCCCGGCCAGAAUAUGUCAAAGCACGACUUCACGAUCUUGGCUAAUCAAAGAUAUGACAUGAAUUGUAAUGUCUCGAACUGUGAAACAUGGAUGAUUUGUGAAACAUGGAUGAUUUGUUAUCCCCAAGGGAAGCCAGCAUUCACUGUUUGUUAGAACUUGUAAUAAAUUAAAUACACUACCCAACAAGUUGUCUUUCCCAGUGAUAUUGUUUCCUGGAUAGUAUUUAGUUUAUAUGUCGAUAGAAUGGUGUUACAUGCUACAAGAUCUAUCGAUGGAAUGGUGUAACGUGCUACAAGAUCUAUGUCAUAUAGUCGAUGGAAUGGUGUAACGUGCUACAAGAUCAAUGUCAUAUAGUCGAUGGAAUGGUGGAACGUGCUACAAGAUCAAUGUCAUAUAGUCGAUGGAAUGGUAUAACGUGCUACAAGAUCAAAGUCAUAUAGUCGAUGGAAUGGUGUAACGUGCUACAAGAUCAAUGUCAUAUAGUCCAUGGAAUCAUGUAACGUGCUACAAGAUCUAGGUCAUAUAGUCCAUGGAAUCAUGUUACAUGCUACAGGAUCUAUGUCAUAUAGUCGAUGGAAUCAUAUAACGUGCUACAACAUCUAUGUCCGUAGUUUUUGCACUUUCAAAAUUGAAAAUGCGGCAGAAGUCCUGAAUAAAGACAUGUGUUCUACUAAGAACGCGGCCAUCAAAUGUAAUCAAAUGAAAUGGGAGUCCCGACUGGGGCCAAAUUGAUAUUAAAUCGUUUCUGCUUCAAAGUUUCAAAUAAUUUAAAUAUUGUUUUAGGGGAAGAUGUUCUUUAUCUAAAUCUUACAUAACGCUCCUUUAAAAACAUUGUUGUAAAUUGUGAUGUAAUAUGUAUUUGGGAAAAUAUUGAUGCAGUUUAUAGGCCGACAGGGUAGCCAUUAACAAAUUUAAACACGCAAUUUCUAAACUCCCUCACCGGUCUGUAAAUUGACGCACUAAAUAGUUAAAAACUAUUCAUUUAGUUUUGAUUUGAGAAAAGUAAGUUUGAGGGAUUUGGAUUAAAUGAUUAAGAGCUGGCGUAUUGAUGUAGAUAUGUUGUAAUAUAAUGUAUAUAUAUAAAUAAUCUAUGGUUGUAUAUAAAGUAUGUAUUGGUCUUACCCUAGUUACACUACUACGUUAGUUACCCGUGGAAAGAUUAUCGUAUUACUAGGUGAUAAUAAUAUCUCUGUAAAAGAUGACUGCCUUCAACACAUGACGUCAUAUCACGCGGCGUCAAUCAUUGGCUCAAUGGCGCGUGCAUUGUUAUUGAUUCGAGCAGAAUGGCGCCUUUUACUCAUUUUAAUACCCAUUUAGACUAAAAUAGGAAAUAAUUUUUACCUACAAAUAAUUCAAACUUCUUUAUUUAUUUUUCUAAUACAUAAAAAGAUGUUUUAAAAUUUAAUUUGUUGGAGGAAAAAAGUUAAUAUUUGUGGCUCAUUAAGUCGCAUCGAUGUCAUCCUUAUCAGUGAUUGUCGCGGCCUAGCGAAUAUUCAUUGCGGAUCAGUGUGAAUAAUUUGGUGUAGUACUUUCGGUCUGAGUGGAUAGGAUACCACGGGUAAAUAACGUAUCUUAGUGAAGAGAAGGUGAAGGUCACGAUUAGUAGAUUGUAUAUAAAUAUAUAUGAAUGAUAAUAAAGUAUUAUUAUAGUA